AUGUCGACGAGGUCAAAGAUUGAGAAGAAAACCUCUGGCCUUUCCCCAGAUAAAGAAGCAUUUAGAGAAGAGAUGAAGUCCUUAAUCAAAGAAGAAAUCAUGAAUGCGUUUGCCACCCAUGUUAAGGAAGCUUUGCAAAAUGAGCUUUCGAAAAUCGUGUUGCUUAAAUCCGAAAACGCGAAGCUUUGUGUCGAAGUAGAUCGACUAUCCAUCAAGUGUAAUGCCAACGAGCAAUAUUCAAGAAAGUAUAACCUGCGUAUCGGAGGGGUAAAGGAAGAGCCCAGUGAAGAUUGUUAUCAAGCGGCAUCAAAUUUUUUUCAAAAUGAAAUUGGUAUUUCAAUCAAUAAUGCCGAAAUAGACCGAGCGCAUCGCGUUGGUAGACCAGGUGGCUUCAACCCUCGUCAGAUGAUAGUCAAAUUUAAAGGCUACUGCGCCAAACAAGAAGUAUUAAAGAAUCUUCGAAAUCUAAAAGGAAAAAAGGUCUCUAC